AUGAAUCCUUUCGCCCUCGUGGCCCUCCUCGUCCUGCUUGUGCUCUAUGUACUACGGGAGCUGCGCGCGUACCGUGCCCUGGACGACUUUGGGGCCCCGGCGACGGCCUCGUUCUCUCGACUAUGGCUCUUUCGGGCAAUCUACUCGGGCAAGAUGAACCUGCACUUUGGCCGGGUCAACGACGAGCACGGUGAUACCGCCCGGAUUGGGCCUCGCUUGCUCCUCACGCGAGAUCCUGCAUUGAUCCGCAAAAUGAACGCAGUGAGGAGUCCCUACACCCGCGCCGAGUGGUACAACUCGCUACGACUCCACCCUACCCGGGACAAUAUUGUGUCGUUCCGAGACGAGGCCAUCCACAACAAGCUUCGGACUCAGAUGUCGCAUGGCUACUCUGGAAAGGAGAAUAUGUACCUCGAGCAUGACAUCGACGAGCGUCUUCUCCAAGUUUUGGGCCUCAUCCGAAGCAAGUAUGUCUCGACGGACACCGAGUACCGGCCGAUGGACCUGGCCCGAAUCACCACCUUCUUCACGCUGGACGUUAUCUCGACCAUCGCCUUCGGGAAAUCUUUCGGCUUCCUGGUGACCGACGAGGACCCAUUCGACUACCUCAAACAACUCCAUGUCUUCCUCCCGGCCAUUAUGCUCUUUUCAAUCUUCCCGGAAGUGCAGAAAAUCAUGAGGUUGCCACUGAUCCAGCGCCUGGCGCCCCAAGCUACAGAUGUCACAGGCCUCGGGAAAAUCAUGGGGUUCGCCAGGGACGUGGUUGGCGAGCGCUUCGGCGUGGACAAGGUGGUCCGUAAAGACAUGCUAGGCUCGUUCAUCACCCAUGGUCUCUCCAGGGAGCAGCUGGAAUCAGAGACCAUUACGCAGAUUACGGCUGGUUCAGACUCCACUGCCACCUCUAUCCGUAUGACGUUGUUCCUUAUCACGAGCAAUGCCUCAGUCUACUCGACUCUCAUGAACGAGUUGACCACCGCUCAGGAGCAGAACCGUCUCACGCGCCCCAUUCUCCGCGACGCCGAGUCCCGCACUCUUCCGUACCUGCAAGCCUGCAUCAAAGAAGGUCUUCGCCUCUACCCACCUGUCACGGGUCUCCUCGCAAAGGAAGUCCCUCCCCAAGGUGACAUCAUUGACGGCCACUUCGUCCCCGGCGGCACCUCGAUCGGAUGGAACUCGUACGGCAUCAUGCGUCUCAAGCGUGUCUUUGGCCAGGACGUCGACGUUUUCCGCCCUGGGCGCUGGCUACCAGGCGGCGGACAGACCAAGGAGCAGAUUGACUACAUGGAGGACGUUGUGAUGCUUGUGUUUGGGUAUGGCCGGUUUGGAUGCUUAGGUAAGCCGGUGGCGAUGAUGGAGUUAAACAAAACUGUUGCUGAGGUGAGUUUCCUACAUCUCCACAUUAUUUUAAGAUAUCAGAAUGGUUGA